AUGAAUGCCUUGCUUCUGGCGUCGCUCUUGGCGGCGCUGACUAGGGCCAUCGAGAUAACCAAGAAAGAUUGGGAUGAGAAGACGGCGGGCAAAACUGUCUUCGUCAAAUUUUUUGCGCCGUGGUGUGGCCACUGCAAAAAGAUGAAGCCUGCAUGGGACAAGCUCAUGCAGGAGUAUGCCGAUCAUGAGAACAUCUUGGUGGCUGAUGUGGAUUGCAUCGGUGACGGUAAGUCCAAAUGCGAAGAGGUUGGCGUGGAGGGCUUCCCAACUCUCAAGUACGGCAGCCCCAACAACCUCGAGGAGUACAAAGGUGGGAGGGACUUCGAGACCCUUGAGAAGUUUGCCAAGGCUAACUUGGGCCCCACCUGCAGUCCUGAGCGCAUUGACCUAUGCGACGAUCGCCAGCAAAAGCUGCUGGAGGAGUUCAUGGCCUUGUCUCUCAGUGAACUGAAGACAAAGAUAAAAGAGAAAGACGAAGAGAUCGCAGCCGCUGAGAAGCAGGUGCAGGACCUCUUCAAAAGAUUAGAAAAGCAGUACGAAGAAGCACAGAAGGCGAAGGAAAGAAAGGAAAAAGCCAUCAAGGACGCCGGCCUUGGCUUGAUGAAGUCAGUGCAGGCGCACCGGAAGGUGAAGGAAUUAAAAGAUGCAAAGGACAAGCAGGAAAAGGAUGCGAGCAUCGCUAGGGAUGCUGGCAAUGCCACCUCGGCCGAUACCAAUUCUAGCGAAGCCCAGGAGGGGCAGGAUGAACCUCCCAGCACAGAGGGAACGGAGCAGGCAGACGCACCAGCGCUAAGUGGAGCUAAUGGCUCCACUGACGAGCCCGUCGGGAACGUUUCGGGUGUGCAAGGUUCCGUAGAUGCGGAUUCGCAUGUGAAUGUGUCGGCAGAGGUAGCCAGCUCCCCGGGAGACGCGGAUAAGGCGAACGAGACUGAGAGCCUUGCCAAAGUACAGGAGCCUACGCCUGCGCCAGAGCAGGGCGAUGAAGGUGGCAAGGAGGAGAAAGACAGUGUGCAGGACGAGGAGAAGGCUGAGAAGGAAGAAAAGACAGAAUUGUGA